GAGUUUGAUAAUUCUUCAAAGGAAGUCAGCACUUUGGUUAAAUACAAGUUGUCUCUCACUGAAGACAGUUCGUCGUUGUGAAUAAACAUUCUGUUUGCUCUUUUGAAAUGGAUUCUAUAAAUAGUUUAACAAGAAUGGUGUUUUUAGUCGUGUUUGUUAUUUCGGCGCAUUUUUCUCACCUCACCCAUGGGACAAAUGACGUUUUGUUAUCGAAGAUUCGAGAAAAAAGACAAGCGACACUGCCGAACCCAGGUGGAGCAACAACACCAACAACCACACGAUCGACAGCAACAGCGCGAACCACCGACGCCGGGAUCGGGGAGCUGAUCGCUGGCCUGAACGUCUCCCACGACGCCCGUCUGCUGAGGUACACGCCAGCCACCCCCCACCCUGAGAACAUCAACUGCUAUGUGGAGGUGCCUGUGGUCCAGCGUGUUGGUGGACGGUGUGUCUCCCUCGGGUCUGCCGGGAACCAGAUGGGGUGCCAGGCCGGCAUCUACCUGGCCUUCACCCCCGAGUGCCAGCAGAGUGAGGAAACGGAGCCGACGCCCUCCCGGAGGAGAAACCCCCAGAACAUCAACAGACGCAGAAACCAGAGAGGGCGCAGCAGGAAUGGUGGCCAGUAACACACCCCACUUCACCCAUCGACUCCCCUAGCCCAG